AUGAGCAUCCUUUCCCUCGACUAUGAAUCGUUAUUAAGUGAGAUUGAGUCAGGUAGCAGCGGCUCAAUCGCAAAUGUAAUUAGAAAACUACGUGAAUACGAAGUAACCGCUUAUAAUGCCGGAGUGGGAGGUCCUACGGGUGAAGUUGUGGCCAAAUUUAUCGCAGAGCUAGACCAAUUAAUUAUCGAAAGAAAUAUUGAAAUAGAACGCACAUGCAAUCAUCAUUAUGAAGGCCUUGCUGACUCUACCCGGGAGCUUGUGUCUAUCCAAGAAGAGGCAGGAGUCCUCAAGGCUCAAAUGCUAGAAAACUAUAAAGCUAUCCAGGAUCAGGUUAAUGAGCUAGGAGAAGCAAGUACUGAGCUUUCAAAUUGCCAUGUAAUGCUAAGCAAUAUCGACCAAUGUAUUGAGGCCCUUGAGCUUUGCCUGCCUAUAAUUGACCAAUACUCUCGCGUAGAACGAAGUAUCGAAGAUGGUCGUUAUUAUCACGCUCUAAAAAUACUUGAGCAUCUAGAAAAAACUCAACUAGAGCAAAUUCGCCAAUUCACCUUUUCUGAAGCAUUAAGCCGGCGCAUACCCAAGCUGAGACAGGAAAUCAAGGUAGUCUCGUUCAUCCCUAAUAAUUAA